GUUAUACUUUAUGAGCAAUCGAACAUGGCCGAGGUACUCUAAAGAUCUAUCAUUCCAAACAGUGGAGGAUCCCGAGCCCGUCAGAUUCCCGCUUUCCCGCCUCGUAUACUGCCAAAAGCGCCGGUGACGUUAUUGGUCGUAUUCAUGCUUACGAGCGCUAUGGGCAUCAUACAUCAAUUGAAUUCUUUCUACUCCCACGUAUUCAGCCGAGAGCAGAAGUCCGGGAUACCCUGUCAAUUUUUAAAAGAAGGACGCCUCAGCUCUUUUCUCACAUCGUGCGCCCCAGAAUAUCACAUACCGCUUGUUAGAGCACAACCAUACUGACACAGGCGUGACGCCACUAGUCCCAUAUUUCACAAGCAAACACAGGCAAAAAGACCAGAAUGAACAUCAGCGCAAACCGAACCAGCAUUAUCGUGGGCGUGGGCUUCUCCAUGUCUCGAUCGCUGGCGAUGUGGCUCGCCAGUCUCGGCUGGGACAUCGGCUUGAUCUCUCGUUCGGAGAAGAGUCUCGCCGCAAUCGCCGAGGAAGUCCGCUAUGCCGCUCCCAACAAGGACAGUAUCACCGUGGUCUACCGAGCAGCGGACGCUGGAGAUCCUGCCAGCUUGAAGUGCGCUCUGGAGUGGUGCCUGCAACAGCUCGGCGGGGCCCUCGACAUCCUCAGCUACAACGCCGCGCGGGUGUUCAAUUCCUCGAUCACGGACCUGACGCCCGAGGAACUGGAGCUGGACUUCCGCUGGUACCGGAACCAUGCUCGCGUGGGAGGUGUCUCAGCGGGCGAGUGGCCCCUGUUCCUGGUCACGGGCGGCGUCUUGGACAAGUACCCGGACCCGAGCCUGGCGGCGUUGAGCAUCGCAAAGGCGGCGUCGCAGACUGUCAGUCGGAUUUUCGCGCAGGUCCUACCGGAAGACUCGAAGAUCUUGGUCGACAUGCCCCUGGUCACGGGCCGGACGGUCGACCCGGACACCGGGGAGUAUUAUGAGCAUUUCCGCCCGGAGAAGAUCAUUCGACGGCUCUUCAGGCCGUUCUUCGAGGAUAGGGAACAGAGGCAGAAUGGUGCGGAAGGAUGGACGGUGGAACGUCAUCUGUGAUCGCUGAGGUCUCUCUGAUAGAGGUAGACAGGGAGGCAGGAGUUCGUUGGGCUUGCCAGAAAGACGUC